AUGAUUUGGGUUGAUCAAACGCUGACCUCUCUAUGUUUCUUGCCAGCUAUGCCUUACAAACCAAUUCAGAAUUGGAUCCACAAGGGCAAGAAUCCCGAGGAGGUGUUUGAUCUGGCCUAUUUGAUUGCGGACGGGGACAAGGCCCCAGCCUGUCAUCCAACGCUCAAGCGGCUCUGGCGCCAAGGAACGGAGAGCCGUAGCUUGAUGGAAGAAAGCCAAUCUUUCAUCAUUGGUGUGACUUUCAAAAUUCACACAAAGAAUAUGGUUGAGGUUCCGCUCGGAAUUGCCAAACAACCGGCUCCUUCCAAAUUAACCACUGGGAAAAAGAAACCACCGCCUCCUCCUAAGUUCGCCAUCAUUGAUUCAUCAGACUUCAAGGACCGACAGGUGUUGGAUUUCAAAAUUUUUAUGUAUGGCAAGUCACUGAACAAGUUGAAGGACUUGGUUGGCGACAUGUGCGACCGUUACUUCACCGGGAUCAAGAAAGUUGUGCUUCAUAGCGAGUUGACUCUGUUGUUGAACUGGAAUGCAAGCAUUGGUUCAAAGAAAACAAAAUUAAUUGAUUUCAAAAUUUAUCAGGAGUUGGUCAACAAUUUGGGAAAGAGUUGUUCCUCCAAAGGCAUCAUCCAUAUCAUGCUGGAGAAACCGCAAGUGAAGGAAAAUAAGAACACCCAGGCUAGCGGCGCGGUGGCUUUCAUUCAAGGCACCGCUGGGCCCAACACAAUUGAAGCGGAACUCACAGCUUCCAAGGAGGAAACCGUGGCGGCUAAAGAAGAGACUGUGGCCGUCAAAGCGGCUAAGGAACUUGAACUUGAUGCAGUGUCCAUUUACCAGGAUCACCUCAAGCGAGCCCUCAGAGCAGUGUGUGAUGGCUUAACAACCCGCGGAAUAUCUCCUAACACGGUCAAAUACAAGCGUGAGAUGUUCAAAAAUGCCCUUGUUCAUAAGGAUAUGAACGUCAAAGACCAUGUCAAGAAAUGCUACCCUGUGGCCACCCCAAGAGCCAAACAAACUACCUUGAAGCAAAGGAAUUUCUUUGCCAACACUCCUCCCGUUGAAAUGAAGAUCAAGGUUGAACCAAUCAGUCCUUCCGGUUCCAAACACGAUUUGAAGAUUAACUCCUCCUCCAGCGAGGUAGCUUCCCACAAGAAAGUCAAGAAGGAACCUUCUAAUUGCCUCAUUGAGGCGGCAGCCGAGGCGGAUUUUCAAAAUCAACCUUCCACUUCCGCCAAUUGA